AUGACGCAAUUUCGGCCUUGUAUUGACCUUCACUCAGGUCAAGUGAAACAGAUUGUGGGAGGCACACUCAGCCAGGUCGCCGGAGAUUUAAAGACCAACUAUGUCUCCAAGCUUCCCGCCAGCCAUUAUGCGGAACUCUACCGAAAACACAACUUGCGCGGCGGACAUGUCGUCAAGCUGGGGCCCGGCAAUGAAGAGGCUGCGCUAGAAGCAUUGAGGGCUUGGCCAAAUGGUUUACAGAUCGCCGGAGGAAUUACGGAUCAAAAUGCGCAAUAUUGGAUCGAACAAGGCGCGGAGAAAGUGAUCAUUACGUCCUUCCUCUUUCCCUCCGGCAAGUUUUCACUCGAUCGACUACAGUCUGUCCUAGCAGCCCUGGGUGGUGACAAGUCCAAGCUGGUUUUGGACCUGAGCUGCCGCCGGAAAGACAACACAUGGUUUGUAGCCAUGGACCGGUGGCAGACCAUCACCGAGAUGGAGAUUUGUCAAGAAUCCAUCGCUUUACUAGAGCCCUACUGCUCCGAAUUCCUCAUUCACGCUGCAGAUGUCGAGGGCCUUCAGCAAGGUGUUGACGAGGAAUUAGUGUCCAAACUUGCUGAAUGGUGUACCAUCCCAAUCACAUAUGCUGGUGGCGCUCGAAGUCUUCACGAUCUCGAAAAGAUUCACAGCAGCAGUCGAGGCAAGGUCGAUUUGACUAUCGGCAGUGCGCUGGAUAUCUUCGGAGGCUCUGGUGUGACGUUUGACGAAUGCGUUGAGUGGAACAAAGCUCAUCAAUGA